UUCAGCAGCUCAAUCGGUGUCGAUGAAGUAAAAGCCCUGGCUGCAUUAAUGACAUACAAAUGUGCUGUCGUGGAUGUUCCUUUUGGUGGUGCCAUGGCAGGUGUGAGGAUCGAUCCGAGGAGAUACUCGGAACAUGAGCUGGAGAAAAUAACGAGGCAUUUUACUGUAGAAAUGGCAAAGAAGGGAUUUAUAGGGCCUGGGAUUGACGUGCUGGCCCCUGAUGUCAGUACUGGGGAGAAGGAGAUGUCCUGGAUCGCUGACACCUACACCCACACGCUGGGGUACCGGGACAUCAAUGCCCAGGCGUGUGUGACAGGAAAGCCCAUCAGCCAGGGAGGCAUCCACGGGCGACACUCUGCCACUGGGCGGGGAAUCCUGCAUGGCAUUGAGAACUACAUCACCAACACAGACUGCAUGGACUGCAUCGGCCUGAGCCCCGGCUUCCCUGGCAAGACCUUUGUGCUGCAGGGCUUCGGCAAAGUGGGGCUGCACACCAUGAAGUACCUGCACGAGUAUGGAGCCCGCUGCAUCUGUGUUGGGGAGACAGAUGGAGCCAUUUACAACCCCAGAGGGAUCGACCCCAAGGAGCUAGAAGACUACAAGCAGGGCCAUGGCACCAUAGUUGGCUUCCCAAAAGCAGAGCCCUAUGAUGGCAGCAUCCUGGAGGUGCCCUGCGACACUCCUUCUGCUAUUGAGAAGCAGCUCACGAGGGAGAAUGCGCCCCGAGUGAAAGCAAAGAUCAUUGCAGAAGCUGCCAACGGCCCCACUACACCAGCAGCACAUGAGAUAUUCCUGCAAAGAAACAUCCUGGUCAUCCCGGACGUGUAUGUGAAUGCAGGUGGUGUGACUGUAUCCUUCUUCGAGUGGCUGAAGAACCUCAACCACGUUAGCUACAACCGUCUCAGCUUUAAGUACGAGCGGGAAUCCAGCUACCACCUCCUGCAGUCAGUGCAGCACAGCUUGGAGCAGUGGUUCGGCAAGACCAGAGGGGAGAUGCCCAUCAUCCCGACCCCGGGGUUCCAGGCCCGCGUGGCUGGUGCCUCAGAGAAGGACAUCGUGUAUUCAGGACUGGCCUACACCAUGGAGCAGUCAGCCAAGCAAAUUAUGACCAUGGCUGUGAGGUACAACCUGGGUCUGGACCACAGAACUGCUGCCUACCUGUGUGCUCUGGAGAA